CAAUCGUUUACGACCAAAAUUCAUAAUGCUGUUUGGGAAUUGCAAUUUCAUAUAUGAACGAAUCUUUUCCUCACAAUCAUUCAUCAAAUCAAUUCGAUUAUAUUGAAUUGCCACACCAUAUACAAAGCACACGUUUUCGAUAAUAUUCAUGAUGUCAACCACAUUCUUCAUGGUUAAUAUUAUAUUUACUGAAUCAAACUCAGCGUUGGAUGUGAGUCCCUGGUCGUUAGCUGACAUUUUUCUCGCUAAUAAUUCUUUAUUUCUCUCAAAAUUGAUAACUUUAAUGAAAACAAUUUAUGGAAACAUUUUUGUGGAUUUACUUGCUCCCCAUCCCGCUGUGUUCUUAGAUGACAUGUGUAUUGAAACUGUUGCAACAGCCAAGCAUAAUUAUCUUGGUAUGAAAUUUGAAGCAACGAAAAGCGAUUUGGUGUCAACUGGCUUUCGUAUCUCUGGCAAUAAUCACUUCAAAGUAAAGUAUUGGCGUAGUGCAAUGGAGUUUUACAACCAGAGUCUUCGUUUUGCUGUGAAGGGCACAGAAAAUUUAAGUUUGGCAUAUGCAAAUCGAUCCUCAUGUUUUUUGCAUAUGAAAAAAUACAAUGAAUGUCUCAAAGAUAUCGAAAUAGCAAGAGAAAACAAUUACCCAAAACGGUCGAUGAAAAAACUGGACGAACGUGAAAUGUUGUGCCUUGAACAAAUGAAAGAAGCCAUCGAAAGUGAAGUAGAAAUAGAGCCGAUGUUAAGCUUUGAUUCGAAUGAAAAUUUUCCAUGUUUAGCGAUUACGUUAGAAAUUCAGACCAACAAAGAGUAUGGUCGGCACAUUGUGGCAAAUCGUGACAUUGAUGUAGGUCAAACAGUCUUAAUUGAAGAACCAUAUGUUGUAGUUUUCGACACAAAUAAUCGUACUUUAUGUUUGACCUGUAUGAAGGCCGUGAAAAACUUUAUUCCAUGCCCAACUUGCAUCGAUGCAAUGUUUUGUGAUGAAAAUUGCAUGCGAAAUAAUGAUACACACAAAAUUGCUUGUGGGUAUGUAUUCUAUCGUGUACCAUCAAUUCAAAUCUAUAUUCAAUCGAUUUUAGUGGCUUUAAAUACAUUCAAUACAGUUGAUCAUUUAAUGGAAUUCGUUGAAAAUCAAUUGGCUACACCGAAAUUCGAUUUGCCCAAAAGUUUUCCAGAUGAUCUACAAACCAAGUAUCUUGCCAAGUAUGGUAUGUUCCUGAAAUUAACCGCAAAUCCAAAGGAAGCAGAUUGCGACGAGAUACUCAACAUAUACUUGGCAUUUAAAUGUAUUUCGAUGAUUCCGAUAAUCAAGGCGAGUUUUGAUACAAAACGAAAAAAACGCUUCUUAAUGCAUUUAAUUUUGCAGCACAGACUCAUUUUGGGCAAUGGUUUUGGCCAUUCAUUCCCAAUCAAUGCCGGCAACAUUCAAGCAUUAUGCAAUGUUAUGUCACUGUUUAAUCACUCGUGCGCACCGAAUAUUCUUCAUUUAUUCGUUGGAAAUAAACAGAUAUUGUUUCAAUCAACCGAAAUGCGUCAAGAUUGUCUGAAAAAAACAUUUCGUUUCAUCUGCAAAUGCAACAGAUGUGCACCAAGCUUCCGGCCAAUCAAUCGUUUGACCAAACAAAUUCAAUUUGACUCGAAUUUUUGUUACAUUUAUGCUAAUCAAUACAAAAUAUCAACUGCUUCCCGUGAACAGCUUGCAAUUUUAAAAGAAAAAUGUUGCGAAUUCUUGAGAAAAUACAGUCAAUUGACCUGGUCAGGCGAAAUUAGUUCCGUUACGUUGAAUUUCAUUAAUUGCAUUAAAAGCGAGUAUCCAGAGUAUAAUAAAACAAUUAUUUGA